GUUGCAGAUCGCGAAACAGGUCAUUUUCCACGUAAUUCGCAACUAACUUCAACACAGUGAGUAAGCGGGCCUUGACGAAGCGCGAAUGUCGCUUUCUAUUAAUUGAAGAUUAUUUCUUCUGAAUUUAUAACGCAAAGCAAAAUUCUGGCAAAAUUGUGCGCGUUCGUGCCCGAUGUCUAGUGCUGAAGUCGCCGAUAAUUCCGUUGACCCCCCGGCGAAAAAGCGGAAACUAAAUACAGGAGAAUCACGUUCCAACAACUCGGCAAUGGCGAACAAUGGGACGCGCGUGGAAGAUGAGAUUGACGAGAGUUUGUACUCCCGGCAACUCUACGUGCUUGGUCACGAUGCCAUGCGGCGGAUGGCCAGCUCGGACGUACUUAUUUCGGGACUUGGGGGUCUCGGUGUGGAGGUAGCUAAAAAUGUGAUCCUCGGCGGAGUGAAGUCAGUGACUCUUCAUGACGAGCGGAUUUGUACGUUUGCCGACCUAUCGUCCCAGUUCUACUUGUCUGAAAAGUCAGUCGGACAAAAUCGGGCUUUAGCAUCCUGCGAACAGCUGUCAGAGCUGAACCACUAUGUGCCUACUACUGCGUAUACCGGCCCGCUUACUGAGGACUUCUUGCGCAAGUUCCGCGUUGUGGUGCUCACUGGUGCUUCCUGGGCCGAGCAGGAGCGUGUGGCGGCCAUUACACAUGCCAACAACAUUGCUCUCAUCAUAGCAGAUACACGAGGGUUGUUCUCCAGGGUAUUCUGCGACUUUGGACCUGAGUUCACAGUAGUAGAUGUGACUGGGGAGAACCCUGUGUCCGCGAUGAUAUCGGGCAUCACACAUGAGUAUGAGGCAGUGGUGACCUGCCUUGAUGAUACCCGUCACGGCUUGGAAGAUGGUGACUAUGUCACUUUCAGUGAGGUCCAAGGAAUGGUAGAACUGAAUGGUUGUGAGCCACGCAAAAUCAAAGUUUUGGGCCCAUACACUUUCAGUGUUGGUGACACCACCAAUUUCUCUAAAUACACCAGCGGAGGUAUUGUCACACAAGUCAAAAUGCCCAAGAAGAUCAGCUUUAAACCACUGAAGGAAUCUUAUGCCAACCCAGAGUUUGUCAUUGCCGACUUCGGCAAAUUUGACUAUCCACAGCAAUUGCAUGUCGCCUUUGCUGCUCUCUAUAAAUUCGAGGAGACCGAAGGUCGUCUUCCCAAGCCUUGGUGUGAUGCUGACGUAGCUAAGUUCAUGGAUUAUGUGCAGAACAUUGAUGUGUUUAAAAAUGGAGAGAUGGAACUUAACUCAGAACUGCUCAAUACUUUCUGCAAGGUAUCUGCUGGUGAUCUGAACCCAAUGAAUGCUGCUAUUGGUGGAGUUGUUGCACAAGAGGUGAUGAAGGCUUGCUCUGGCAAGUUCCACCCCAUUGUCCAGUGGCUUUACCUGGAUGCCAUUGAAUGUCUGCCCAAAAAUGACCCGAACUUGAAUGAAGAGAACUGCAAGCCUGUUGGAUCUAGAUAUGAUGGCCAAGUUGCUGUGUUUGGCAAACACUUCCAGAAGAAACUUGGAGAUUUGAAGUAUUUCAUUGUGGGUGCUGGUGCUAUUGGCUGUGAGUUGCUGAAGAACUUUGCGAUGAUCGGUGUGGGAGCUGCCGACGGACAGAUCACCGUCACCGAUAUGGAUCUCAUUGAGAAGUCUAACCUCAACCGACAAUUCCUCUUCCGACCCUACGAUGUGCAAAAACCUAAAUCUAGCACUGCUGCGAAGGUGAUAAAACGCAUGAACCCUGACGUGAAUGUAGUAGCCCAGGAGAACCGAGUCUGCCCGGAGACUGAAUCUGUUUACGAUGACGCAUUCUUCGAAGCACUGGAUGGCGUCGCCAAUGCCCUGGACAACGUAGAUGCCCGAAUCUACAUGGACAGGCGUUGUGUUUACUAUAGGAAACCACUGCUGGAAAGUGGUACCCUUGGUACUAAGGGAAAUACACAGGUUGUUGUCCCGUUCUUGACUGAAUCAUACAGCUCUUCCCAAGAUCCCCCUGAAAAGAGUAUUCCGAUCUGUACACUGAAGAACUUCCCGAAUGCUAUUGAGCACACUCUGCAAUGGGCACGUGAUGAGUUCGAGGGUCUUUUCCGCCAGGCCGCUGAGCAUGCCGCUCAGUACCUCCGGGAUCCACAUUUCUUGGACAGGACCUUAAAACUGCCAGGCAGCCAACCUCUCGAUGCUAUCGAAAGUGUUAGGAAUGCAAUCCAGAACCGACCGGUCAGCUUCGACGACUGCGUAGCCUGGGCCCGCCUGCACUGGGAGGCUCAAUACUCAAACCAGAUCAAACAGCUGCUAUACAAUUUCCCUCCUGACCAGCAAACCACCAGUGGAGCUCCCUUCUGGUCUGGUCCCAAACGCUGCCCUUCGCCACUUACCUUUGAUCCAUCUGAUGAGCUCCACUUGGACUAUGUAGUUGCUGCUGCUAAUCUGAGAGCUGCUGUCUAUGGUAUGGCUCCAUGCACAGAUAGAGAAAAAAUUGCAAAAGUGGCUGCUAGCAUUCAGGUUCCAAAAUUCAGCCCGAAAUCUGGUGUGAAAAUCGCCGUGACAGACGCGCAGCUGCAGCAAAACAACGACGAAAUGGACCACGAUAGGGUAAAGAACAUCAUCGCGGAGCUGCCGUCACCAGCAAAUCUCGGCGCACUCAAGAUUACUCCGCUAGAGUUCGAAAAAGACGAUGAUACCAACUUCCACAUGAGCUUUAUCGUCGCUGCCUCCAACCUUCGCGCAGCCAAUUAUAAAAUUCCUCCUGCAGAUAGGCAUCGCUCCAAACUCAUUGCUGGGAAGAUCAUCCCCGCCAUUGCCACCACCACGUCUGUGGUCGCCGGCCUGGUCUGCCUUGAGCUGUACAAGCUCGCACAGGGAUUCAACACCCUUGAGGUCUUCAAGAACGGUUUCGUCAAUCUUGCCCUCCCCUUCUUCGGUUUUUCGGAACCCAUAGCUGCCCCAACAAAUACUUAUUACGACAAGAAAUGGACGCUUUGGGAUCGCUUCGAAGUCAAAGGCGAGAUCACCCUCCAACAAUUCCUAGACUACUUCAAGAAUGAGCAUAAACUAGAGAUUACGAUGUUGUCGCAAGGAGUGUGCAUGCUGUACUCGUUCUUCAUGCAGGCGACUAAGUGCCAGGAGCGACUGAACCUACCGAUGUCGGAGGUGGUGACGAAGGUGUCGAAGAAGAAGCUGGAGCCGCACGUGAAGGCGCUGGUGUUCGAGCUGUGCUGCAACGACGAGGACGGCAACGACGUGGAGGUGCCCUACGUGAAGUACACGCUGCCCUAGGCGCGUCCCGCAUGUCACGCGCCCGGUUGUACACUGUCGUCGACCAUGUGCUGAGCAGGUCUACUUAGAGCAUAAUAGUUACCAUUUGCGGAGAUGGUUGUAUAACCCAUAAUAAUAUAGGAGGCCGAGUGAGUCGCUCGCGAGUGCUCGUGGGCCGUGUCGGGCGAUGGACGAGAUGUACAGAUAGUGUUUACAUGUGUGACGUUUUAUUUUGUGCUUCAGAACACGCUUUUUGUCAACUUAUUGAUUCAUAUAUUUAUAGUAGUUUAUAAUUAAUUGCUCACGUCUCAUCAAUCGCGCUAGCAUUUAUUCUUUUUUAUUCAUCUCGUGAUACCAC